AUUUUAUACAUGUACUCAUAAUUUAAAAUCGGUUGGACUAACAGGCUCUUAACUGAACAAUCAUGAUUUUAUUUCUAACUGCUCUGCUCAUCAGUGGCUAUUGUGAUGCUCUCACUUGUAAUCAAAUAGCCCUUCCUACACUGUAUCGAGGUCUGUGGUUAGAUGGUGAUCCAAUUACAUACAACGAUGUUCUGAUCACCUAUCCAUCAAAUUGUACAUGGAGGAGCAUUCUUGAAAGAUUCAUUGUCUGUGAUUACAGUGUUGUGCUGGGUGACGGAGCGAUCAUUCCAUCUCCUCCUGAUCUCAAUAGUGCAAGUUAUUUCAGACAUUUCAUCUCUUGGAACAGAGACUCGUUGAAUAGUUUUAUUGACUUUGACCUCACUACAGCAACGGCUGGGAUUACUGCUAUAGAACUCAGUUUCUUAAACAGUCCAGUCAAUGGAAUCAGUUUGCCAGAACUUAGACUAUCUGUUAUUGAAUAUGGUCCAGGCUUUAGAGAUCAAACGGAAACAAAUAUCACAACCUGGAUACUUGACAAUCAAAAUCUGACUCAGGCAGACCACCAAAUCAGAACUAUUAGCAUUCAGCCAUUCCCACCACUUAGUGCUGCGAACCUCAGAAUUAUGUUCCAGUUCACAGUGUUUCAUGAUUUUGAUUUAGUCUUUCUGAGUGAAAUACGAUUUUGCACACAGCCUCCUUUUCAACUUCAGGCUCUAAUCUUUCAAACACCAUCAUCAAUUGUUGUUCAGCCAAGUGCAGACGACCUGAGAAGAGGAUCAACAGAGUUAGUGUGCACUAUUUCCAGUGAAGGUUCGUACGUAUGGCAGUGGAGGAGAGACAACACUUUUUUAGAAAAUAAUGGUGACUACACAAUCACCAUUGGAGACGGAAGCAGAACAACUAAGUUGAAGAUUAACAAUCUGGACUUUAGUGAUGCUGCUAAUUAUGAAUGCAUAGCAACAACAACACAGGAUGUGGAUUUAAGGAACUCAAUAGUGUAUUUAAUGGAGUUUCCAGAACAUGUCGUUUCCACAUCUGGUGUGUGUGGGUAUGACUAUCUACAGACUGGAGAGGUUACCCUGACCUGUGAGCUCCAUGGUUACCAGUCAUCACUCUCUCCUCCUGUGUGGCUAGGCUUGGGUGGCAGGGAAAUAACCGCAUCUACAAAAUACACCAUCACUUCUGGUUCAGGAGGGAACACAAUUGUCUUUGAAGAUGGCACUGCUAUCCCUAGUGUGAUUGUCAGCCUUACAAUUCACAAUCUAUCAUCAGCCGAUGGAGGGAACUACACGUGUCGUGGUGUCAGAGGAGGAGAGAGUGUCACUCAACUUGUGAUUGCAGAAGGGACAGGCCCUCCCACUACACCACCCCCUCUCACUACUGCACUACCUGUGACUACUCAGCACACGUUAGCACCUAGUAAUGUUUUGCUACCAACAGUAUUAGUAUCCAUAGUAACUAUUCUAGUGAUUGCAUUACUUCUGCUCAUUGUCUUCAUCGUUUACCUACUGAGGAAGAAGAUCAAGAAUAUAGUAAAUUCCUUAAUACGCUCGACUGAAGCUGUACAAGUACCUAAUUCGCUCUCCAUACAAGAAAGGGAGGACACCUCAAUUUCUCUGCAGGAUGUGACGUAUGAAGAGAUUGCCGAAAGAAGUGUCAUGUCAUUGACAAAGAACGAAGCCUACGUGUGUGUGUCAACUCCUCUAGAAAAAUAG